GACAGUUUGAUCAUACAUAAAACUUCCGUCUUUGAAUGAGAAAAGAAAACACUCGACUGGCUAAUGCUAGUCACGGCAAAUGAGCCUACUUCGGUCUAAAUAAGCAGCAUACCACGGUGUAAACAGGCCAGUGGCCCAUCUAAUCAGCAUAUUGCCCACAGUAAAGCUGGCCAGAUAAGUCAACGGAGAGGAGCAUAGUGUUAGGUCCUGCCCCCCCCCACAGCUUUCUCUUCUCUGAGUGUUGUAAUCAGUGAAUGAGGUGAGCCCUGCCCUGGAAGCAGCCUUCACUCCAUACACAUAUACAGACACACGUACAGAAACGUUGGCCUCUGGACGAGGAUGACAAUGGAAGAGAUGAAGAAUGAAGCAGAGACGACCUCAAUGGUUUCCAUGACACUCUACACUGUGAUGUACCCCGUCUUCCACGAGUUGGAGAGAGUGAACCUGUCGGCAGCACAGACCCUGAGGGCAGCGUUUAUAAAGGCUGAGAAGGAGAACCCAGGGCUGACCCAGGACAUCAUCAUGAAGAUCCUGGAGAAGAAGAAAGUGGAGGUCAACUUCACUGAGUCACUACUGCGAAUGGCUGCAGACGAUGUGGAAGAGUUCAUGAUUGACAGGCCGGAGCAGGAGUUCCAGGACUUGAAUGACAAGGCUCGGGCACUCAAACACAUCCUCAGCAAGAUCCCAGACGAGAUCAACGACAGAGUACGCUUCUUACAGACCAUCAAAGAUAUCGCCAGCGCCAUCAAGGAACUGCUGGACACCGUCAACACUGUCUUCCGGAAAUACCAGUACCAGAACCGACGGGCACUGGAACACCAAAAGAAAGAGUUUGUGAAAUACUCCAAGAGCUUCAGCGACACACUUAAAACCUACUUCAAAGAUGGAAAGGCGAUAAACGUGUUCGUCAGCGCCAACAGGCUCAUCCACCAAACCAACCUAAUACUGCAGACCUUCAAGACCGUGACAUAGACUGGGGUUAACCCCACACCAACCCAGGCUUUUAUCAGAGGACAGGAAACCCUUUACGUGUACAAUGUCCAGAUUCUGCUUUUGGGACUGUGUCAUUUCCUGUGUCUUGCUUCAUGGUGGGGCGGGGGGGUCAUUUAGAGUUACAGGUGGUCAGACUAUAAUUGCCAGAGAUACUACUGUUGUAUUUUUUUUGUUUUGUCCUCCACGAUCAUGCUAUCGCCCCAGAGUAUCUGAUGUCAAUGCUCCUCUUUUUCUCCCCCCCCCCCCCACCCCACCCCCCCUCUCUUUCUUGCACUUUCUCUCUCCCACUCUGUCCAUGUGAAAGCCAAAACACCGGGCCUUAAUGUGGCCGUUGAUUCCUAAAACAGAGUGUAACUACAGAGACUCUUGUUUUUCCUCACAUUCUAACUUGAACAAUGAGACAUGAUGGUGUAUAUUUAACAGAUAUUUGUUCGCAAAAUGUUCAAAUAAAAAGUUUAAACAUUUUGGAAA